AUUGUCUUGCGCAUGCGUGAUGCAUGACGAGUGGAACAGCGGCUCCGAUAGCAUCCAAAGCUAGCGGACUGGUUUGAUUGGGGAGCACGGUGUGGAGGAAGGACUCCUGCGAUAUCGGCGACUUCAGACAUCCCCAGCUAAUCCUCGAGCCAGUCAUCAUCCCUCCAUGCUGUCCAAGAAAGGGAGAUAGCGUUAAUAGCCCUGCACUGCCAGCUCAAUUAGCCACUGUCCAAGACAGAUAAGGGACGCUACGUUUUGCGUGAAGAGCCUUCCUUUCAAGCAGAAUCAGUUUUCUGACUGAAGUAUUAAGAAAUACAGCUGCAGCCACGACUAAUAUUACCUCUAUAAAAAAUGAGGUUGCCGAGUAACAGACAAUAUGUGAUGGAAGGAGAUGGAAAGAAAAUGGAUCAAGCUCCACCGGUCAGAAACCCUUUUGUGCACGUCUUGAAAUUCACCCCACUGGAAAAAGCAAAGAUUGCGUUAAUGACAGUCACGCUAUUCCCCAUCCGUCUACUCAUAGCUGCAUUCAUGAUGUUGCUGGCCUGGCCUUUUGCCUUCAUUGCCUCAGUGGGGCGCUCCGAGACCACCGUUGAACCCCAGUGCCUCUGGAGAAGACUGGUGGACAUCAUUCUGAGAAUAAUCAUGCGAGUCAUGUGGUUUGCGGGAGGGUUCCAUUGGAUGACUGUGAAAGGGCGAAGGGCAUUGCCUACAGAAGCACCUAUCCUUACCCUGGCACCCCACUCUUCUUACUUUGAUGCCAUCCCAGUCACCAUGACAAUGUCCUCAAUUGUCAUGAAGGCUGAGAGCAAGGAUAUACCUCUCUGGGGAACUUUGAUUAAGUACAUCAGGCCGGUGUUCGUUUCCCGGUCAGACCAGGACUCCAGGAAGAAGACUGUGGAGGAGAUCAAACGCAGAGCCCGCUCUGGAGCAGAAUGGCCUCAGAUCAUGAUUUUUCCAGAGGGAACGUGCACCAAUAGAUCCUGCCUAAUCACCUUUAAGCCAGGGGCCUUCAUCCCAGCUGUACCAGUGCAGCCUGUGGUCAUUCGUUACCCUAAUAAACUGGACUCAAUCACAUGGACAUGGCAAGGCCCAGGAGCAUUCCAAAUUUUAUGGCUGACACUCUGCCAGUUACACAAUGAGUUUGUGAUAGAGUUUCUUCCCAUCUAUACACCCUCAGAGGAGGAGAAGAAGAAUCCUGCACUCUUCGCCAUCAAUGUGAGACGUAUCAUGGCUAAAGCCCUGGGGGUACCCAUCACAGAUUAUUCAUUUGAAGACUGCCAGCUGGCCAUGGCAGAAGGCCAGCUGAGGCUGCCAGUCGACACCUGUCUGCUGGAGUUUGCCAAGCUUGUCAGGAGACUGGGAUUGAAACCACAGAACUCCGAGAAGGUUUUGCAGGAGUAUGGGAACAGAGCCAGGAAGCUUGAGGGGCAGAAGCUGGGACUGGAAGGCUUUGCACACUUCCUUGAUGUGCCAGUUUCAGAUAUGCUGCGAGACAUGUUUGGUCUUUUUGACGAGCAUGAAGAUAACAGAAUGGAUAUUAGAGAAUAUGUGAUAGCCUUAUCUGUUGUAUGCAGGCCUGCCAAAACUCUGGAAACAAUGAAAUUGGCCUUUAAGAUGUUUGAGGCAGAGGAGGAUGGUGCCAUCACAGAAAGCGAGUUAGCAGUUAUACUUAAGACAGCUUUAGGCGUGAGUCACAUCAGCGUGUCACAUCUGUUUACCGCCAUCGACGUGGACGACACAGGGAAGAUCACAUUUGACAAGUUCAGAAACUUUGUGGAGCACCACCAAGACUUUGCUGACGACUACCUGUACACAGAAAACACAGACCUCCACAGUGCUCCCUACAAUGAUCACCAAACCCAACCCAGCCUGUCGACACUGAAAGUGAAAGGAGCCGCCGCCACCAGCAAAACAGCUAAUGGUAUCUGUCCCGAAUUCAGCGACCACGAUGGCACAAUAGAUGGACUCAAGAAACACAACUAAAAGAGUUUAGAGAAAUGGAUGGGGAAAGCAAACCCCUCUCCUGGUGAGAGGAGUGUUGUGUAAGGGGAGCUGUAAAUUGCUGAAUAAGAAGGGACUAUCUUUCAUUAAUCACAAAUACAAAAAUCAAGUUUACCAUAACCUUUUAUUACCAUUGUAUCCGUGAAAUUUAUGAGAUUUUCAGCCUCUAAAAGGUUUAUUUUGUUACUUUUUUUUCCUCUUCCAUAGUAAGAUUUGUCAGAAUGCCAAACAAUGGCUGUUAGGGUUACAAUACUUGAAUACUUGAAGCGCAGGCACAUAUUAAAAUUUCUAGGGCAAAUUCUUUUCCCUCUAACAGAGUAUGGACUGUCCUUUUGUUUGAUUUUUUUUAUUAUUAUUUUUUAAAUAUAUAAAUGAGGGGAAACUGAACAAAAUGAGCCCCCAGUCAUCUGUAUUUGGUUAUCAUUGAUUUGUAACUUUUAUCCAUUUCCUCUCUUUAUGAUAGCUGCCUUUUGAGUAGAAAGUGCAGAAAGGAUGGGCUCAAGUUAAUUUAAGCAGGAUUGAGGAUUAAGUGCUGAAAAAGGAAGGCCUGAGGGUACCAGUGACAACUGUUGGACUACUUGAAGCAUUUAGCUUCAAUAGCCACAUUUGAGGUUAACUAGGGUCUCUGCAAGUUUGUGGUCGUACUUGCUAUGAGCCUUGUGUGUGUGUGGAUGUAUUUGUACAUAAAUAUAAUAUUUGAUUUCGCUCAGGGUUCAGAGACAAAAUUGAAAAACUUGUAUGAUGUCACAAUUUUUGGCGUUCAAUGGAUCACAUGCAUGUACAUUCCACAGUUUGGUCAUUUCUCACCCGCAUAAGUUUUUUUUUUAUUUUUUUAUGUUUUAAAAGAAAUUACACUUGGACCAAAAAUGCAUUUGAUGAUUUCACGUCACCUUCUAGGUUUGUUACUGUCCUUUUGAGCUAGUUGUGUAAUGUUGAAAAGAGUGGAAAAACAUCACUGUACGUGACCACUGAAAGCACAUUCAGUUAAGUAGCUUAGUUGGAUAUUUUAAAGGCAAAAGUGUAUUUUCUGCAUUACACUGUUAUCCUUGUAGGACCAUAUUAUUGUCAAUUAAUCUCCCCUAAUGACUUCCAGGAUGGAGUUUGCUCCUUAGUCAUCUGUAACAUUGUGCUUCAUACACCCAAUU